UUUACAAUUGAUGAUAUUUUCUACAGAAAUUGCAGUUCUUUGAUCAUGAUUUUUUUCUUUUCUUAUAUUUGAUUCUACUAAAGUUCUUAGUUUUAAAAUCUGGGUUUUAUUUAUUUCAAGUUGUUGGUUUUUGUUUGGUUCUGAGGUUUAUCUUGUUUGCUCGAGUCCUUACUUUGGCUGCUUUGUCUUUCUUGAACUUUGAUAUUUCCGACGAUUUUUUUUUCUUAAAUUGCAGUAGCAAAUUACCGCAACUUUGAAGGAGAAUAAAUUUGUCUGUUUUCUUGAAGCACAAGAAUAAUGCCUGAGAAAAUAUCAGAGGACUUAUUUAACAAUCUAGUAGAGACCAUUGCAGAUAGUGUCUCUAAGCAGAAAUCUGUGUCCUUUUUUGAGGAAGAGAAAUCAAACUCAGUUGUCUCUGGCUUCAAUCGGCUUUUUGGGCGUCAGAGGCCUGUCCACCAUAUUUUAGGGGGUGGAAAAUCUGCUGAUGUUUUGUUAUGGAGGAACAAGAAGAUCUCAGCCAGUUUUUUAGCUAGUGCAACUUUAAUAUGGUUUCUAUUUGAAUGGCUUAAUUACCAUUUCCUGACUCUUCUAUCCUUUGCUUUGGUUCUUGGCAUGGUUGCGCAGUUUGUUUGGUCAAAUGCCUCGGGUUUACUUAACAGGUCAUCUUCUCAAGUGCCACGGCUUGUUUUGCCUGAUGAAUUAUUUGUUAGCAUUGGGAGGUCAGUUGGUGCUGAGGUGAACAGAGGCUUACAAUAUCUGCAGGAUGUUUCAUGUCAGGGAAACUUGAAACAAUUUCUUGUGGUUGCAGUAAGCUUGUGGGUUGCUGCUGUUAUUGGAAGUUGGUGCAACUUUUUGACUGUUUUGUACAUUGGUUUUGUUGCGGCCCAUACAUUACCAGUUCUGUAUGAGAGGUAUGAUGAGCAAAUAGAUGGCUUUGUUUACAAAAUGCUUGAUCAGUUCCAAAAUCACUAUAAAAAGUUGGAUUCUGGUUUUCUGAGCAAGAUCCCCAAAGGAAAGUUCAAGCUUAAGAAACAUGACUAGGUGCAUUUGGUCACUUCCAUUAGAUCCUUAGAGUUUCUGUAUCACAUAUAUACAUCAAACACUUGAAUAAAUGGUGUUAUAUUUUUGUGAAAUUAUCAGUUUGAAUAUUGGAAAUAUCUUUGCCAACCUCAA